UAGACCGGGGCUGUAUAAAGUGAUGUUAAUAGCUGCUUGGAGAUAUCUAUGGAAACAUGGAAAUACUAUGGAUUAGAUUGCGUUUAAUAAAACAAACGUAGAGAAAUAGACACUGCUGCAACAUAACUGCUGAAAUUUAUCCAGUAUUAACAGAGAGCUACAUCAGUAAAGAGAGGAUGCCAGUGGCAGGUGGUACCCAGGCCACCCAGGCCUGGCUGCGCUCCACAUGGCAUAUCCAGGUGCCCCAGGCAUGGCUGGAUGCCUGUGUUGAAUGGGUAACGGUGGAGGCAGGUGGCGCAGCCUUGCAUCAAACCGAGCUCAACCAGCAAGUCCUGGACCAGUGGCUUAUCACAGACCUCCGUGGUUUAGCUCAUCCUGUCCUCCCUGCUGGCAUUUCUGAGGUUGAAAAAAUGGAACUAAAUGGCUGCUAUUGCCUCCAGAUGGACUCGCUCCUAGAUGUUAGCCAGCCAGCAUAUUCUCAGCUCCAGCGUCUCCGUGGCUCUGAUUGCUCCAAUGAUGAGGUGACUGCCGUGACACAAGCCACCCAGAGACCCUGGGAGGCAAAGCCAACUCGAAUGCUGAUGUUGCAGCUCACCGAUGGUGUGCAAGACCUGGAGGCCAUUGAGUACAGACCUGUUCCAGCUCUCAGCGCCAACUUGCCCCCGGGCACCAAGCUGCAGGUAGUGGGAUUGGUGAUGGUACGUCUAGGGGUGUUGCUGCUUAAACCAGAGAAUGUGAAGGUUCUUGGUGGAGAAGUGGAAGAGAUAAUGGAGGUGAAUUCUCAGAGCAGGGUGAUCUGCAGGACCUUAGGGUUGCCUGAGGAAAACCAGCAGCAAGAAGCAGAAGAUCAAGAGGUCCAGCAAGUGACAAGAACUGAGGGAACCCUGGACAGCGGAUAUGAGAGCAUUCCAAGCAGCCUGAACUCGCAAAUGAUCAGCAGGAAUGCACCUCGUCAGUUAGAAAACUCUAGCUUAAGCACAAUUGAAGCAACACCCAUUUCUAGACAGAGUGGGCCAGAUGUAGCCGAAAUUCCGGAUGAGGAGUUUGAUAACAUUCCGGAUGACUUCAUGGAUUAUCCUGAGGACAUUGGCAGCAUUCCGGAAGACCCUGACAAUGGGCAAGAUGACUGGGGCAACAAUCCAGAUGACUUCAAUAAUGAUCCAGAGGACUUCGAUGACAUUCCAAUGGAAGAAUUGGAUGUUAUGAUGUCACCUACUGAUCCCAAACUCUCUCCCAGCAGUGGACCCGUGGAAAAUAGCAGAAUACAGCAAGAAGAUAUUCCAAGUGCAGAUUAUGAACAAACAGAUAGUCAAGUCAACCAACCCCAAGCAUCAAAUCGUCUUAGUUUACGUUCCAAAUCGUCCAUCAGUUGGUCAGAUUCAAUUGAAGUUAUUGAAGUUGAUGCAGAUGACAAUCGCUCCUCUUCUCCAGAACCAAAAAUAGCCAGAUAUGAGUCCAGAGCAAAGGUUCCUGACAGCACAAGCAGCAAAAAAACUGACACAACAAUCCGCAACCAACACCAAGUAUCAAAUCAAGCUAGUUUAUCAUCCAAAACUCCCCUCAGUAAGGCAAAUCCGAUUGAAGUUAUUGACAUUGAUGCAGAUGAUGAUGAUUUCUCCUCCUCAGGAUCAAAGAUAGCCAGAUAUGAGCCCAAAUCACAGAAUCCUGCAUUUAACCGUAGCAAAAAAGCUGACACAUCAAUUCUCAGCUAUCUUUGCAUUUUGAAGGCUGGUGUAUGGCCACCUCAUAGUGCUCAAGUAGUGCGGCUGCAUGCCUUUAUAGUCACUCUGCUGGGAAGCCUGCGCAGCAGUGGAGGGGAAUGGAAAAUCAAGGCCACCAUAUCGGAUGGGACCGGAUACCUGGACGUGGAUCUGUCGGACAGUUUGCUGGCGAAUCUGAUUGGCUUCUCAGCAGCAGAGUCUAAAGUUCUGAGGAAGGAUCCAGCAAAGCGUGGUGUAGUGGAUGCUGGGAUACAGAACUGUCAGAGGGAGCUGGUGGAUAUGUGCUGUGUGAUGACCGUGCAGGUCGAUUCGAACGGGACGGGUACGGUGCUGAGAGCUGAUCCACUGACGGACAGAGAGUGCUGUGAAAUACAGAAGAGGGUGACGGACAGGAGGUCCUAACACAUGCUGCUGUUUUUUCCUUUUUUUUUUAUCUGUUAUCCUAAAAGUUAUUGUUGCUAUUGAAUAAAAGCAGACAGGUGUUAAAAAAAUUCCACCUAUUCUGAUUUUUUUUGCAUUCCUUCAGUUUUUUUUAUGCAUAUGAGCAAUGUGAAUUGUUGUUUUCCAGACCAGAAACAAAUCAUUUCCGGAACUCGAAAGUGCUAGCUCUAACUCCCAGUCCAGAACGUUCUGAUGUAUACUUGACACGCCUGUUUUGUUUGUUUGUUUUUCAAUGUUUUUUAAAAUUUCUACUAUAACUUUAAAUAAAAAAAUAAAUGUAUAAAUCUCACCAUCAUGUCAU